AUGUCGUCUUCCAAACCUUCCGGCGACAAAGCCGGUGUGGAGCCUACUGGUAAACCGCCAUUGUACAGCGCAAUAGCCAGCGCAUGCUUCCUCUCGUACCCGUCUCCGUCUGAUAAGACAUCCCAAUUUCCCAAACUACGUGCCGGCGGGAUGAGCUUCUCCACGUUCCAGCAGCUGCUGGAGGAGCAACAACAACAAAGCCUACGGCAACUGCAGGAGAGAGAGGAAAAGGAGCUCGCCGAUGAAAUGGAACUAAACGGCCAUGAAAACUCUCGUAGCGGGAAAGACAACAGCAACACAGAGAACCAGGAGCCCUUGGGCCCGGCGGUGUCCGAAUGCGGCGUCGAGAGAACGGCCGAGCAAGACUCUUUGCUCCCCUCAGAGCCUUUGGCACGAAGCCGCGUCCAGCAGCCCCCCAUCAGCCCCGCCCCCUCCGACCCCGAAGACUCCGAAGACGCUGAAGACGCUGAAGACGCUGAAGACGCUGAAGACGCUGAAGACGCUGAAGACGCCGAAGAUACCGAGGAUGACGACGCCCUCGACGAAGAAGAGUGGGAUAGCCUGUCGCGAGCCUCGUCCUCGACCAUGGCAAACAGCAGCGACGGCGGGAUGUGGACGAGCUGGGACGAAGAAACGCUCGAGCGUGAGCAACAGCUCAGGCGCCAACAGGAGGAAGCGCAAGCUCAGCAGGCGGCCAUCGAGGAGCGCGAAGCCUUGAACCGGCGGGCUGAAACCCAUCGAAAGAUCGUUGAGGCGUUGAGCGAAGCGUGCGGAGAGCACAACGAGAUACUGGCGAAGCUGGUCCGCUGUCAGCAGGAGACUUACCAAAAGGUGAAGAAGGUGGAGGAUAAGUUGGAGGAGCAGAAAUGCAGCUCGCUGAACGAGGAGCAGAGGCUGUCCCACUCCAUCAGCAGGAUCAAUGACUACUUGGGGCCGUUUGAGGCUAGCGAGACUCUCAACAUGAGUCUGGAAGAGCACCGCAACUUGCUGGAAAACAAGAAGAAGGCGGUUACGGAUGCAGUUGAAGCCCAGGCAGAGAAGACGGACAGACUCAUGGGGUCUGUGACUAGUCUCGACAGCAAGGUCGUGCAGCUGUACAACAGCCUGAAGGGUCUGAAGCAGAUCGAGAACUUUCCGUCUUUGGCUAUAGAGAUGUGGAAGAAGCAUGAUGCCGCGCAAGACGCGAGGAUCAUGGAGCAGGCGAACAACAUCGAGCAGCUCCGGCAUGCGAUGAUGCAUGAGACCAAAGCAUCCAACGCUCGGUGGGAGACGCAGAUUGCUGAUCAUGAAGAUAUGGCGCACAAGAUCGCCCUUCUUGAGCAGCAAUUCGAGGCCUUCCCUACGCACUCCGGUCAAGCUCUGCGACAACAGGAGUUUCUUCAACAACUCCAACAAGCGAAUAAUUCAACCGUGAAAACCUUGGGUGUGUUGGAGCGCCGUGCCAACAAACUGGAAACCAGCCAUGCGGAGUUUAUGGCUCAGCAGACGGCUCGCGAGAAGAAUACCAAGGCCAGGAUACAGGAACUCCAGACAUGCAUAUUCAACACGGCCAAUGCUCUUGAAUCUCGCACUACAGAGAGGAUCGCCGAGCUGGAGCAGCGCUGGAUGGCGUGGGCCAAACAAGCCAUGGAGAACAAGGCGUCGGAAGACAGAGUCCAGGCACUUUGUGGCAGGAUCGAGCGUCUCGAGAGCGAGAACAAGGGGCUGAAGAGGCUCGUAAAGAAGCAGAGUGAGGCCAGUGAAACGGCGCAGCGCGACGUUGACGGCAAGGUGCGAGGCAUCCGGAAUGAUGUGAGUCUGCUCAAGAAGGAAAGCAAUGCCUACCAGCGGUACGAGCCGGGAACCUUCGACAACAGAUGGAUGUUCGGAUAG